AUGACAGAUGAUACCACAACCUCCAAAGGACAUAGCAACUACAAGCAGUACUACAUCGGAAAAGGUUUUCAGAAGAGGUUGUGUGUCAUGGCCAAAGAUCAAUUGCAAGUGCUUAAUGCACUUGAUGUAGCCAAAACACAAUGGUACCACUUCACUGCAAUCAUAAUUGCUGGCAUGGGCUUCUUUACUGAUGCCUAUGAUCUCUUCUGUAUAUCUCUCGUAACCAAAUUGCUCGGCCGCAUUUACUACCACGAGCCCGGUGCAUCUAAGCCUGGCAGUUUGCCUCCAAAUGUCGCGGCAGCCGCUAAUGGUGUCGCGUUUUGUGGCACUCUUGCGGGUCAGCUCUUUUUCGGGUGGCUUGGGGACAAAUUGGGUCGAAAAAAAGUCUAUGGCAUGACCCUUAUGAUCAUGGUUAUUUGCUCAAUUGCCUCUGGCCUCUCAUUUGGCCAUGACCCAAAGGCUGUUAUGGCCACACUUUGCUUCUUUCGAUUCUGGCUCGGAUUUGGCAUAGGCGGCGACUACCCGCUUUCAGCCACGAUCAUGUCUGAAUAUGCUAACAAAAAAACCCGUGGAGCAUUCAUCGCGGCCGUGUUUGCAAUGCAAGGUUUUGGAAUUUUGGCAGGUGGAUUGGUGGCGAUUAUAGUUUCUGCAUCUUUUAAGGUCGCAUUUCCUGCCCCGGCUUAUGAAGUUGAUGCUCUUGGAUCUACUGUUCCUCAAGCAGAUUAUGUCUGGCGCAUAAUUGUGAUGUUCGGGGCAAUCCCCGCCGCCCUGACUUACUACUGGCGGAUGAAGAUGCCCGAAACAGCACGUUACACGGCCUUAGUCGCGAAAAAUGCAAAACAGGCCGCCGCCGAUAUGUCAAAAGUAUUGCAAGUUGAACUGGAAGCAGAACAGGAAAAAGUUGAGAAAGUUCAAGGAAAUAGUUUUGGAUUGUUUUCCAGGGAGUUUCUUCGACGCCAUGGGCUUCAUUUGCUUGGAACCACUAGUACAUGGUUCUUAUUGGACAUCGCUUUCUAUAGCCAGAACCUGUUCCAAAAGGACAUUUUCAGUGCAAUUGGCCAGAACCUGUUCCAAAAGGACAUUUUCAGUGCAAUUGGGUGGAUUCCUCCAGCCAAAUCGAUGAACGCGAUCGAAGAAGUUUACAAAAUUGCCAGGGCUCAAACUCUGAUUGCCCUCUGCAGUACUAUUCCUGGAUACUGGUUUACUGUGGCGCUCAUCGAUAAAAUCGGGAGGUUUGCAAUUCAAUUGAUGGGUUUCUUCUUCAUGACAGUGUUUAUGUUUGCCCUGGCUAUUCCUUACAAUCACUGGACUCAUAAGGACAACAGAAUUGGGUUUGUUGUCAUGUACUCACUGACCUUUUUCUUUGCUAAUUUCGGACCUAACGCAACAACAUUUAUUGUUCCAGCUGAGAUUUUCCCGGCUAGGCUACGUUCAACGUGCCACGGUAUAUCAGCAGCAUCAGGCAAGGCCGGGGCCAUAGUUGGGGCGUUUGGGUUUUUGUACGCUUCUCAAAACACAGACCGGACCAAGACUGACGCUGGCUACCCGCCGGGUAUUGGUAUGAGGAAUUCACUCAUUGUUCUGGGAUGCAUCAACUUUUUUGGAAUGGUGUUCACUUUCUUGGUCCCGGAAUCGAAUGGGAAAUCACUGGAGGAAAUGUCACAAGAGAAUGAGGAGGAAAAUGGAUCAGCAAUGGAGAUGAGGCCACAGGCUGGUCAUGAUAUUAGGACAGUGCCAGUUUAAUUAGACCAUCAGACACAGUUUCUUAAUCUAUAUCUGGUAAGUGUUUUUUUUAAAUGUUGUUGAGCACAAAUCUUUAAGAUGUUCUGAGCACUUGAUGCACAUCUUGAGAUUCAAGCUCUUUUAGAUUAUGAUCUUAGAGGGCGGAUCUUAGCAUAGCUGCAACGGUAAGGUUGUUCCAUUGUAGUUUGGAAGUCACGGGUUCGAAUCAUAAAAACAGUCUUUCUGUUUGUAGAGAUAAUGAUGUAUACAUCUAAUCCUCUACAGACCCAAAAUAAUGACAAGAGUAUCAUGUAUUGGAUACAUCCUUUUAAAUUAUGUUAUCUUAGGUUUAUCUGGUCUGUGUCUGUUUUUAGGAUUAGACUUGGUCUGCUCUUUGUGCUCUGGAAUUAAUCAUGAGAAGUGGAAAAACUUUCGUAGUUAUUUUGCUUCUUGUUUGAGUGAAAGCUAAUGAAAAAGAAUGGUGGUUCUAAACAAUACUUUUACAACGAUUUUUGUUAACCUUGUUUGGCAACCGAACAGUCUCCAUUUUUUGUGAUCUUGGUUUGUAUGAUA